AUGUUCAUCAUAAGUUCCUUUCCCUUCACUUCCACUUCCACUUUGUUGUUUAUGAACUCAGUUUCACCUUUGUUUCCGUCUUCUUCACCGUCCAUCAAAAUCGAUACAAGCUUGAUGCCUUUGAAUGCCUCGUUUGCUCUUCCAGAACUUGGAAGUAAAAGAAGAAGAAAAAGAAGAAAAUGGAGAGCCGUUGAUGGGAGUGGCGAGAAGCAAUCAGUUUCUACCGUAGCAUCAUCACCAGCUACCAAAAGUUUUGAUGAUGAUGAUGAUAACAUUUCUGACUCAGCUUCAGCUGUGGUGAGGAAUUUCUAUGGAGGAAUCAAUGCGCAUGACGUAGAUUCUGUUCAGUACCUUAUCGCGGAGAAUUGUGUGUAUGAGGAUCUUGUCUUUCCUCGACCCUUUGUGGGUCGUAAGGAAAUUCUUCAGUUCUUCAGAAAAUUCACUAGUUCUACGAGCAAAGAUCUGCAGUUUGUCAUUGAUGAUUUAUCUACCGAGGACUCCUCAUCCGUUGGGGUGAUAUGGCAUUUAGAAUGGAAGGGAAAACCUUUCCCCUUUAGCAAAGGGUGUAGUUUUUAUCGUGUAGAGGUUAUCAAUGGCAAAAGACAAAUAACGUAUGGGCGAGACUGUGUUGAACCUGCAAUCAAGCCUGGGGAUGCAACUUUGUGUAGUCAUCGGGAAACAGCAAUAAAACACAGACCAUGA